AAUAAUAGCUCAAAAAUAAUAUUAUAUCAAAAAAAAAAAUUAAACAAAACACAAUCUAAUCUAAUCUAAUCUAUUUAUAUAGUGUGAAAUGAAUUUAUCUGAUCAACAAAAAGACCUUAUUUUAGUAUCUCCUUCUACUUCUUCAAUUAUUACUGUACAAGAUGGAGAAUUAACAGCUAUUGCCUCUUCUGAAAUGACAAAAUCACCUUAUAGUCUGUUACAGGAACAUGCAACUCAAAUUUUGGAUAGAUUAAGAGGAUCAGAUAUUCGAGCAUUAAAUAGAAAGUUAAAAAGAGCGUUUGACAUUACUGAAUUAAGUAGCAUGAGCAAUUCUAUCAUUGAUAAUAUUCUUAUGGAUGUAGAUACACUUGAAAGUCGAUUCUUAUGGAUGAACGAUAAGAGGCAAUUAUUCAGUCGUGAUGAUAAGGUAGCUUUCUUUCCUCUAUUAGAAUUAUUAAAGAGUAUGUUAAAGGAACUUGGUAUGUUGAAAACGACUAUGAAUGAUUUUCAAGUUGAAUAUGUAAAGAAAGUAGAAGAGAAUAAAAUGAGAGUAGAGAAAGAAAUAAUGAAAGGGAAUCAACAAGAGUUAUCCAUUCAUGAUGAUGCAAUCAGUUCAAAUCAUCAUCAACAACAACAGUCGUCCUCUCUUUCUUUAAAGAGAAGGUCUUCUAAUAGACCCUUAUCUUGGUUCUCAAGUAUCUUUUCUGUUGCUUCAAAUCAAAAGUCUGACCAAAUAAUACAUCAUGAUAAGCAAGAAGAAUCGACAAUGACUGAUACCCUAUUAUUACCUAACAAUAAACAACAAAGACAUUCUUCCUUAUCUCAUCAUCAUUAUUCUCCAGAGAAUCAGAUUACCAACACUCGAAUCAAUAGAGACUAUUAUUAUAAAUCAACACAUUCACCUUCUAAUACUAGUCAUUUAAUAUCAACUACAACUACUAGUUGGCUAGGUGGCAAAUAGCAUUAUUACACACAUUGUAUAUAUAUAUAUAUAUAUAUUAAUUUAUUUUUUACACGUAUAAUAUUUAUUGCCACUAAUGUAUGUCUGUAUAAAUAAAAAUAUAUAAAAAUAUGUAUAAAAAUAUGUAUAUAUGUAUACAUGUAUAUGAAUAUAUAUAUAUCUAUAUACAUAUACAUAUACAUAUACAAAUACAUAUAUAUACACACAUAUACAUUUAUAUCCUUACAAUAUGUUUAUAGAAUAAUUCUUCAUAAAGA